AUGACCAGUUUCCUGCACCCCAGACCCGUUUUCCCCCCCCCCCCUUCCCCUCCUUCCCCCCAUGGCACGGGGGAAGACUGGGGUUUAGGACGGGCCCCCCAGGGGGUGCAACGUUCCUCCAAGCGGGCCCCCAGGGUGGCACGUCCCUCUGUGGCCCCCCCAUGGGGGUGCAAAAACCCCACGUACCUCAAGUGGCCCCCCAAAUGGGUGCACGGACCCACCCCUUCUCCUGCCGUCUGA